AAGACCUGCGAUGGCUCCAGUACGCUGUACUAAUCCCAACAACCAGAACCAUUCUGGAUUUGACUAUUCAGAACUGGUAACCAGUUGCAUGAGCAAAGGGAGGAACUGGCCUGCUUUGGUCAUUCUGCUCAUCAUCUUCUUCACCAUUGGUGGGAAUAUUUUAGUAAUAAUGGCAGUGUCCUUGGAGAAUAAGCUGCACAGUGCAACCAACCUUUUUCUGCGCUCGCUGGCUGUAGCAGACCUGCUGGUGGGAGUUUUGGUCAUGCCAACAUCUCUUAUCAACAUCCUCUAUAAUAACUCGUGGCCUCUGCCCCACGUGCUGUGCCCCAUGUGGAUCUUUCUGGAUGUGUUGUUCUGUACCGCCUCCAUCAUGCACCUCUGUGCCAUUUCUUUGGACCGCUACGUUGGAAUCCGCAGCCCGAUCCAACACAGCCGCACCAACUCCUCCUGCAGGGCCAUGACCAAGAUCAGUGCAGUCUGGACCAUCUCCAUCGUCAUCUCGUUACCCAUCCCUGUGAUCAGCUUGCAGGAUGAGCAGAAGUUCUUGGUUAACGGCAGUUGUGUCCUCACUGAGCCACGCUUCAUGCUGGUGGGUUCCUCCGUGGUGUUUUUCCUCCCGCUCAUAAUCAUGGUGGUGUGCUACUGCCUGACCAUGCGCGUGCUCCAGCAGCAUCUGGCCACCUUCUCCACUGAGAGCAGUAACUGUACUAACACCAAGCAGGCAUUACCUCAACCCAGCCUCCUGAGAGAAGAUCCUUCCUCUCAUUCCAAUUCUCCAGUGAAAACAGUGUUGCAGCACCUGAGCCCAACGCUGAGGGUACGAGUAUGUACAGGCCUUCGAGCUCCUGUCAAACGCCGCAUGGUACAGGCCAUCAAGAAUGAGCGUAGGGCUUCUCAGGUUUUGGGCAUAGUCUUUUUCCUCUUCCUGGUCAUGUGGUGCCCCUUUUUUAUCACCAACGUUCUGAUUGCUAUGUGCCAGGAUGGAUGUGGUGAACACUUACUCAGACUGAUGGACAUAUUUGUAUGGGUGGGCUACGUUUCCUCUGGAGUGAACCCGUUUAUCUACACCCUGUUCAACAAGAACUAUCGCCAUGCCUUCUCCCGCUACCUGCGCUGUCGCUAUCAUACACUUGCUAAUCCUGUGCUCAGUAACUCAGUGUGUCAGGUUUAUUCCGUCACACCCACCCCUAUGCUGUGGGACAGGAGCUUCACAGACACUAAUGCCAAAGCUGGCUCAGGGUUCAGUGCCUCCAAUCAUGGACACAAACAUGAGAAGAUGCUAAAAGAAGGUGUUAGUGAUUUUGCAAGCUCCACAGAUAACAUCAGUAGAGUCUGA